UCAUCGUGUCGCCGGCACGGCCCGGAGGAGGAGGAGGAGGAGGAGGAGGACGGCGGUGCUGUGUGUGAGAGAGCGUGGAGAUGAGCUCAGCUCUGUGCCCUGGAGCCGCCUGAGGAGACCCGGCUGCCUCCCAGCCUCCCUCGCCGCCGCCGCCAUGGCUCACUCCCCCGUGCAGGCGGGGCUGCCGGGGAUGCAGACUCUGAAGGCAGAUCCAGAAGAACUGUUUACGAAACUGGAGAGAAUUGGUAAGGGGUCUUUUGGUGAAGUUUUUAAAGGAAUUGACAAUCGGACUCAGAAAGUUGUUGCUAUAAAAAUUAUUGACCUAGAAGAAGCAGAAGAUGAAAUAGAAGACAUCCAACAAGAAAUCACGGUGUUGAGUCAGUGUGACAGUCCAUAUGUAACUAAAUAUUAUGGAUCCUAUUUAAAGGACACAAAAUUAUGGAUAAUAAUGGAAUAUCUGGGUGGAGGCUCUGCCCUUGAUCUAUUAGAGCCUGGCUCACUUGAUGAAACUCAGAUUGCUACAAUAUUGAGGGAGAUACUCAAAGGACUCGAUUACUUGCAUUCGGAAAAGAAAAUCCACAGAGAUAUUAAAGCUGCUAAUGUAUUGCUGUCAGAACAAGGGGAAGUAAAACUGGCAGAUUUUGGAGUAGCUGGGCAGCUAACAGAUACACAGAUAAAGAGAAAUACCUUUGUGGGAACACCAUUUUGGAUGGCACCUGAAGUAAUAAAGCAAUCAGCAUAUGAUUCAAAGGCAGAUAUCUGGUCAUUAGGAAUAACAGCCAUAGAACUUGCAAAAGGAGAGCCACCUCAUUCAGAACUACAUCCAAUGAAAGUUUUGUUCCUCAUUCCUAAGAACAAUCCACCAACGCUGGAAGGAAACUUCAGUAAAUCCCUCAAAGAAUUUGUCGAGGCCUGCUUAAACAAGGACCCAAGCUUUAGACCUACUGCAAAAGAGCUUCUAAAACACAAGUUCAUUUUACGAAACUCCAAGAAAACAUCUUACUUGGCUGACCUCAUUGACAGGCAUAAGAGAUGGAAGUCUGAGCAAAGCCAUGACGACUCCAGUUCUGAUGACUCGGAUACUGAAGCAGAUGGUCAGGCUUCAGGUGGGAGUGACACAGAAGAGUGGAUCUUUACAAUAAGAGAAAAAGACCCCAAGAAUCUAGAGAAUGGAGCAGCCCAGCCUUUGGAGUUGCAAAGAAAUAAGGAAAAGGAUAUCCCAAAGAGGCCUCUAUCCCAAUGUCUGUCUACAAUUAUAUCCCCUUUAUUUGCAGAGUUGAAAGAGAAGAGUGAGGUGUGUGGUGGUAACACAGAUUCCAUAGAAGAGCUGAGGAAGGCAGUUUAUUUAGCUGAAGAGGCUUGUCCAGGCAUUGCAGAUACCAUGGUGUCACACCUUGUGCAGAGGAUUCAGAGAUAUUCCCUAGCUGGAGGAAGUUCUUCAUCCUACUGACAUGCUCUUCCUUCCUGGCUUUCCCAAGACAGCAGAGAUGCCAUGGUGUCUGCACUGAAGGUGUGCACCCUAAUGCUGUUCUGCCUCUCAGUCUCUGGAAAGUCCUUGGGAGGAAGGACGUUCUAAGAGUGAAAAUGAAGUCUCUUGGAUGGAGGCAGUCUUUUUCAGCUCCUUAAAGCUAUAAUUUUUUAAAAUUAUAAUUCACAUAUUCCAGGGAGGUGUCCUUUUGUAAAAUCUGAAAUGUAUAUUUAGGUUUGUGAUAGAGAAAUUGAAGAUAUUGAGAAACCUCAGGUAUCUUGCUUUAAGAAUUCCACUGAGAGAUGGAGCAUGGUUGUUGGAAUUGUGUACAGAUAUGUAUAUAAUGUCUUUUUUAAAAGAAAGCCUUUCAGUGUGCAUAAGGAAUCACUGUGUACAAAAUGGUAAAGUGCUUUUGUAGAUAAUGUUAGUGAGGUAAACAUUUGACAGGCCAUAACUGAGUAUUGCCUUGCCUUUAUUACAUGUAAAGUUUGAAUUAUGUGGUAAGUGAAUCUCGGCUAGAUUUUUGUAUGUGAAGUAUUUGCCAUUGAAAGAGUUAAUCCUGUAUUAUAGAACCUUCUAUUUGUACCUCAGCACAGACACAAUUUUAUUCUGUUUCUCUAACAUUUCUUUCUUUUUACUUAUAUUCUGAGCAUCACUUUCUGUUUAUGGUACUACUUCUAGUUGUUUUAAAUGUCAUACACCUGGUCUCUCAAAGCUUUAAAUUUAAAUUAUUGUUUUUCCUAGAGAAUGAGUUCUUUCAUAUCUUCAGUUUCAAACUGUGCCAAUGCAAAUUCUGAAGUAGUUCAGUUUUAGUAACAGAUAUUUGUGAAGCUUGUGAAAUUCAGACACAGGUUGUUUUUUUUUUCACCUGAACAUGUUUAAGUGAAACAUGUUUAUUCCCUUCAUUUAUACUGAAAUUAUCUCCUUAAGGUGUAGAUUCUGAGACAGUGGCAAGUAUUUCUUUAUCAUGCCUAUUUUUAUCAUUAAAACUAAUGUCUUUUGGCAUAAAAGAGAAAUCAUCCAUAGAUUGACUGUUUGGUCUUGCUGCCUAGAUCUGUGCAUCUCUUUACCAGAAUGGAUAGAUGUUGGACAGAGAGACUGAGAAACAGCCCAAGUGCUGUGUGCUGGGUCCUGCUGCUUGCCUCUCCAGAGAAGAGUUACUUCUUGAAAUUCAGAAUUUUAAGAUUUCCACUAUUCCUGUGAGGGCUUCUAGAUAGCAGACUUCAGGUGUGAUAGAUGUUGGAAACAGUAAUACUAGUCCAUUAGUUGUAUGCACAGUUGAUUAGGUAGCUGCUAUUGUUUUCCCCCCCACAGUAUUACUCUGAGGUUCACCUUGGUUGGUUUCACCAAGACUAUAUUCAGGUUCUUCUUAUUCCAGUAGCUAAGAGAGCAUUUUUGCCUUCUUUUAAUGAGGAAAUUGAUGACUUUAUGCUUUGCAUGACCGUGAAGUAACUUAACAUAUUUACUUUUUAAAAAAAAUAUGGAUGGAAGCUUUGGAACAGAAAGGCUUAACAUUUAAAAUACAGGCAUAUCUGCCUUGCUUGGUACAAGAAACCCAGGUACUCUAACCAUUGUGAAAGCUGGUGAGGUCUCCUUCCAGGACUUCUAUCACCAUGGUAGCCCUUAGUCUAUGCAUAUUAAUAGCCUUAAUUUAUUAAUUUAAGAAUUUAACAGUAAGAGGACACUGUCUUGCUAACAGAGCUAGUAAACUUCUGCCCAGGUUGGAACAAUAGUUGGAAGAAAUGUGCGUGUGUGUUCAUCUUGAGGCCAUGCUUUCAGGCAUUACUCAUUUGCCAACCUAAUGAGGUAACGGGUUUCCUUUAUGGCUAAGGAAAUUUAAAAUAAAUUGAACAAUGCUAAAGUCUGAGCAAUGUUUUACAACUCCACUUAGAUUAAUAGUUUUAAUUAUGUUGUUCAGUGUGCUCUCAAGUGUUAUGGAUAGGCUCACUUUUGAGGAAACAGAUUUAGCGCUGCUUUUGUGAAAUGGGCAUCAGAAUGCAGUGCAAUGGAAAUUUACCUGUUGACGUCUCAAUAUGAGAGCAUUCAGCCUUCAAUAGAUCCCUGUGCUGUGACUGCACAAGGAAAUCAACAGGUGUGUUUGCACUGGAAAUGUAAAUUGAUCAGUGUAAGCUGUUCCCUAGUCAUCUGUUAAUGUAAGGACUGGAAAUUUAAGUGAGCUUAAUUGGAGAUGCACAGAACUCUGAGACUUAGUGGGGAAGUUGAAACUUAUGCUGCUGGCUUGAAUGUCAAGAAUUUAUCAAUCAGCAAGUUGAAUUAAAUUCUUAGCUACACUCUUUGAACACUCAUUUGAAAAGUUAUAUGUAUGUGUUUUGAGUUGCAUUUUAAUUGUGUUCCAGGACUGUAUGUUGAGGAAGUACUUCUCUGAGUAGAAGAAUUUACUUGAUGUGUCGGAGCUUAAGAUGAGUAAGACUUGUGGUGAGGGCAGGUGGCCAAAAGGCUUGGGCAUUUAGAAGAAGACAAGACCUCAUUUAUGGUAGAGAUGUGUAUUUUUAUAUGUAAUAUACAGAUUAUUUAAAUAUAGACUAUCUUAAAUUGAGAUUCACUGAAAAAAAAGUGUGCUGUAUCUUGAAUGUAGAAGUACAAUCAUUUGCUAUUAAAAAGUAUUGAUGCUUUAAAAAUCAGGUCUAUAUUGAUAACAGAAGAGGAGCUUCAUUUGAAAGAAGCACCACCUCAGUUUCUCAGAGGAAAAGAAGUGUAUUGAUAUUUUUGAGAGGUUUUUUUCAUGCUUAAAACAUGUCUGUGUUACGAUGUUGCACUGAUGAUUUUUCUGUGCAGGUAGUACUUCUCUCAGUCUUGACUAUACUAAAUGACAAGCUAUCCCUAUUUAUGCAAACCCUUAAAUUAGUAGAACUGCUUAUUUGUCAGGGAUUUCAUGAUUAGGCAGUAAAUAAACUCACUGUUUAAAAACAAUAAAAUCAGUUAUUUGAACUGAA